UGAGAGCGCCAUUCCGCGCACCAUGUGUUCAGGGUGCGGGCACAGAGUUUAUGUCCUCGUGCAAUACUUGAGCCAAACGUUUCUUUGAUCUGGAAACUUGCCAUAGAAACGAAUGGUUGGAAUUUACGACACAUGAAAUGGAUAACUCUCGGAUAAUGUUAGAAUGUGAUCUUGGCUUUUGCCCUAACUGCUAGGGGGGCAGCGAACAACGCUGAUGACAGCUUUUUUGACAGUGCUCCUUUUUUGCAUUCGUUUAUUGGAGCGCAGGGCAAAGAAAAGAGUGCGAUGGAUCUGUCUCUUCUGGGGAUUCCAUUACUAUCAACACCAGUAUCUGAACACUGAGCUCUGGAAUUGCUUCUUAAUAUUGAGCUGCCUGAGUGCCACCGCACAUUUGCCCAUUGCUGGUGCUGCUGAAACUCCCGGGCUGACAAUACAAGACGUUAGAGAGCUUCAGGAGGACUUGAAACAGUUGAAAAGUACCAUAGAAAAAUCAGAUGCCUGUUUGUAUGCUCCUACCAAUGAGGACAUCUACAAUGACAACUGCCUGUUUAAGUUCAUGCACUGUUACUUAUUGGAGUUGGAGGUUGUCCUGAUCGAGGACAUGCAGGUCACAGAUAACGACCAUGAUCAAAUAAAAACAUCCAUCCACCAUCGGAAAAAAACAUUGGAAGAACAUGAACGCCAAUAUAACAGUUCUAGAUGCUCACCGUGUGAGGCACAGAGAGUUGCCAACUCCACAAUAUUCCUCUACAACAUGGAGCGCCUUUUGGAGAGAAUAGCCGCAAACUGUCCGCCGAAUAUAAUGGAAAUUUGUGUUUAAAUUGUUUUUCAUAAAUAACGUAGCAAAAAAUGUUGUUUGUGUUCUACCUUUGGUCAUGAUAGUAUGUGAAGAAAUUAGCAGAGUGACAGCUAGUGCUCGUGUCCUAAUGUAUAUUACCUCUCAGUUCAAGUUUAAUUGUAACUAGCUGUUUAUAUUUUUGUAUAUAAUAACUUUUACAUCUGUACUUUUGUCAUAUUUAUUAACACAUUGAAAUGCCUAUUUGGAGCUUUACGUGUUUUUGUUUCAUUAUCCAAGUCAUAUACACACUAACUGUCCCUAACUAGUUUCCCUUGAAGAGUUCUCGUCAGUAUGUCAAAAUUGCACAUCCUGAAUCAAAAUAAAAUCCCAAGAAAACAUAAA